CAUACUCUUUAGGCAGACCAUACCAGGAUGGCGAUGGCGAGCACAGCUACCAUGGCAGACUCUGGACCAUCUAGAGCCGCUCAAUCUGAACCAUGGAUUCAGGACGAUACCACUCCGUUGUUCGUAGCUGCUGCUGUGACCGUCCUGACCGCAACUGGAGCUGCUGCCGGCGCCUCUAUCGGGAUGUUCAAUGAACGCAAUCCUUUCUCAGCAUCAGCUACUAUGGGCGGUCGAUGGUUCAUGGCCAGUUCGACGUUCUACGGCCUCCGAGAAUACAUCAUCUCACCCUUUUUGACUCGCUACGAAGUCUCAUCUACACACGCCAUCCUGAAUCAGCAAAUAUCAGCAAAAAGACAAGGCAAACUUCCCGAUUUGAAUGACCCGACACUGGAGUUGACCAGGUGGCAGACGAGGACACAGAGAGUCCUCGAUUCGGGAUUGACAGGCGGGUUAGUAGGUGGAGGGGCCGUAUGGAUCAUAGGCGGUCCGAGACGAGCUGUCAGAGGAGGCUUUUCAGGUAUGGUCGCAGGUUCAAUCCUUCAAUUCUCUGCCAAUUCCCUUCGAAUGCUCAAGAGAGACAUUUUCGAUCCUCCAAAACCUCGCCUGACUCCGAACACGAUUCCAUUGAGCCCAUCAAAUCUACCUGUCGAUACUCAGAUGCCGAGUACACCGGUCAACCCCUCCGAGCAACCGAAUCAAUCACUCUGGAAGAGAUUCACUCAUGCCACUGUCAAGACACUCAAAGCUUGGUCCCCAAUCAAGAAGCGCACCAACGAGGAAAUGCUGGUCAUGUAUCAAGCCAAGCGAAAGGCUCUGGACGAACGAUUAAUAGAGAUAGAAGCGGAAGAAUUGGAGCUCUACGAGCGAAUUCAGGAGUGGCAGAGGCAGGCAGAGAGCAGCGGAUCAACACGGCAUCUUGUCUGAAUCGCAUCAUAUGCAAGUUGGUG